ACACCCACAAGCGCACUUACAUUAUUUAAACACUUAUAUCAGCAAAACCAGCUGAGUGGGAGAGAUAAAGCUUAGAAAAAACAGUUCAACUAAAAGGCGGAAUGCGUGCCAAACUAAACGAGCGAACGAGAGCCAAAGAGCGGGACGGGAGCAAAAAGAGCUAAGGGCAAGGAAAAAAAAAGCGGGAUUGGCACAGUGAAAAUCUCAACUUGGGCACUACGAUUACGAGUACUGGAGUCGGGAAAUCGGAAUAGGAAUAGCAAUAGCAACCGUAAUCGCAACGCGGCAGGUUGACAUUGUGCUGUCCCGAGAACUCGGUCGAAUGCGGAGCAGCGACCAUAACUGUAAACAGUAAUCAUAAUCCGAUCGGAGCGAUACGAGUGCCAGCCUUUCGACACGAUGCAGUUUGUGGCCAGUGAACAUCCGCACCGUCGUCUUAAUCCCUUGAACGGACAAUGGGUCCUGGUGUGUCCACAUCGCACCCAACGCCCUUGGUCGGGUCAACAGGAGAAGCCGCAGAAGAACGAGCUGCCCGAGUUCGAUCCCAGCAAUCCCCUUUGCCCCGGAGUGACCCGUCCCAAUGGAAUUGAAACACCUGCCUAUGAGAGCACCUACGUGUUUGAAAAUGACUUCCCCGCCCUGGUGGAGGUAGUGCCCGUUCCGCCCAACAGCGAUGAUCCCCUGUUCCAGAUAGCUCCCGCCCGUGGCAACUGCCGAGUGAUGUGCUUCCAUCCCAAAUCGAAUCUCACCUUGCCCACUAUGAGUGCAGCGGAAAUUGUCGUUGUUAUCGACGAGUGGAUCAACCAGUUCAACGAGCUAAGUUCCAAAUACGCCUGGGUGCAGAUAUUUGAGAACAAGGGAGCGGCCAUGGGGUGCUCCAAUCCCCAUCCGCACUGCCAGAUCUGGUCGUGCUCGUUUCUGCCCACGGAGCCGCAGAUGAAACAGGAGCGACUGCGUGCCUACUACGCUACCAAUGAGCGGCCCAUGCUGGCCGACUACGUGGAGCGGGAGCUGCAGCGCCAGGAGAGGAUCGUAAUCGAGAAUCCCGACUGGCUGGUGGUGGUGCCCUUCUGGGCCACCUGGCCCUUCGAAACCAUGCUUAUCUCGCGCAACAACAACAAGCGGAUCAACGAUCUGACGCUCGGACAACGAGAGAACCUGGCUGUGACCAUCAAGGAGCUGACCACCAAGUACGACAACCUGUUCCAGUGCUCUUUUCCCUACUCGAUGGGCUGGCACGGGGCACCGACUGGGCCGGAGCAUGCCCACGCGUCGAGCGCCCACUGGACUCUGCACGCCAUCUACUACCCGCCGCUACUCCGAUCGGCCACUGUGCGCAAGUUCAUGGUAGGAUUUGAGCUGCUGGGCAUGGCCCAACGGGAUCUCACUCCCGAGCAGGCGGCCCAGCGGUUGCGGGAGGUCGAUGGAAAGUGUCAUUACCUGGAGAAGUGAUUUCGCUUAGGUUAACCUUAAAAGUCACCACCAGCUGGUGGCAAUUGGCAUAGAAUUUAAUAAAACAUUCAAAUACAAUGGA